AUGGCGAGUUGGCGGCGCUGCGGGCCGCGCCCCUCCCGCUCCAGCAGCCCCGUGCACGUGCGCACCGGGAGUUGUAAAAGCGCACAGUCCGCGGACCUCGAGGCCGGCCACUCGGCCGGAUUGGGGCGUCCCCGGGCCCGGAGGGAGCGCGGGGGACCCCGGGCCCUGGCCGUCAGCAUCUUCACCUCGCUCCCCUUCUCUGAAGUUGCGGAGGUCGCCGCCGGGCGCUGCUUCCCGCGAACCGCCGAGCGGCGCGUGUCCGGAGGGAGCAGACUCCGAGCUCGGCUCCCGGAGGCGUCAGCGCGUCUUCCAGAGGGAGCCCGCGGGGCCGAUGCAGCUGUCUUUUGGGGAGACAUCGCUUUAGAUGAAGAUGACCUGAAGUUAUUUCACAUCGACAAGGCUAGAGACCGGGCCGAGCAGCCAGGGGAGAAAACGGGACACAGCACAGGUGGGCUUCCUGAUCAGCCAUCUGAGAGCUGGCCGAACAUUCCUGCCCCGGACGCCAGCAGUGACGAAGCCAGAAAGGAUGACAAGGACCAUGCCAUGCUUCCACCGAGCCCUGGGACCUUGAAUGCUGGAGCUGAGACCUUCUCUCACCGGGUCCGAAGAGCCACAACCUCCAGGGCAGAGAGGAUCUGGCCCGGAGGUGUCAUCCCCUACGUCAUUGGAGGGAACUUCACUGGAAACCAGAGAGCCAUUUUUAAGCAGGCCAUGAGGCACUGGGAGAAGCACACCUGCGUGACCUUCGUUGAAAGGACUGAGGAGGAAAGCUUCAUUGUGUUCAGUUACAGGACCUGUGGUUGUUGCUCCUACGUUGGACGCCGCGGAGGGGGCCCGCAGGCCAUAUCCAUUGGGAAAAACUGCGACAAGUUUGGCAUCGUGGCUCAUGAGCUGGGCCAUGUGGUUGGGUUCUGGCAUGAACACACCCGGCCGGACAGAGACCAACAUGUCACCAUCAUCAGAGAAAACAUCCAGCCAGGUCAGGAGUAUAAUUUCUUAAAAAUGGAAGCUGGGGAAGUGAGCUCUCUGGGAGAGAUGUACGACUUUGACAGCAUCAUGCACUACGCCCGGAACACCUUCUCAAGAGGCGUUUUCUUAGACACCAUCCUCCCCCGUCGUGAUGACAAUGGCGUCAGGCCAACCAUUGGCCAGCGCGUGCGCCUCAGCCAGGGAGACAUAGCACAAGCCAGGAAGCUGUACAAAUGCCCAGCGUGCGGGGAGACCCUGCAGGACACUACAGGGAACUUUUCGGCACCUGGUUUCCCAAAUGGCUACCCUUCUUACUCCCACUGCGUCUGGAGGAUAUCGGUGACUCCCGGGGAAAAGAUCACCCUAAACUUCACGUCCAUGGAUUUGUUUAAAAGCCGCCUGUGCUGGUACGAUUACGUGGAGGUCCGGGAUGGUUACUGGAGAAAAGCCCCCCUCUUGGGCAGGUUUUGCGGCGAUCAAGUCCCAGAGCCCCUCAUUUCCACAGACAGCCGGCUCUGGGUAGAGUUCCGCAGCAGUAGCAACAUCCUGGGCAAGGGCUUCUUCGCCAUGUAUGAAGCCACAUGUGGGGGAGACAUUCACAAAGACUCCGGUCAGAUUCAAUCUCCCAACUACCCGGACGACUACCGACCUUCCAAGGAAUGUGUUUGGAGGAUCACGGUCUCCGAGGGGUUCCACGUGGGGCUGACCUUCCAAGCGUUCGAGAUUGAAAGGCAUGACAGCUGUGCGUAUGACUACCUGGAAAUCCGAGACGGCCCCACAGAAGAGAGCGCCCUGAUUGGCCACUUCUGUGGCUAUGAGAAACCAGAGGACGUCAAGGCCAGCUCCAACAGGAUGUGGAUGAAGUUUGUGUCCGAUGGCUCCAUCAAUAAAGCCGGCUUUGCUGCCAAUUUCUUCAAGGAGGUGGAUGAGUGCUCCCGGGCCGACCACGGAGGCUGCGAGCAGCGCUGUGUGAACACACUGGGCGGCUACAGGUGCGCCUGCGAGCCUGGCUACGAGCUGGCUGCCGAUAAGAAGGCCUGUGAAGUGGCCUGUGGCGGUUUCAUUACCAAGCUGAACGGCACCAUCACCAGCCCCGGGUGGCCGAAGGAGUAUCCCACAAACAAAAACUGUGUCUGGCAGGUGGUGGCUCCAGUUCAGUACCGGAUCUCCCUGCAGUUCGAAGUGUUUGAGUUGGAAGGCAAUGAUGUCUGUAAGUACGACUUUGUGGAGGUCCGAAGUGGCCUGACCCCCGACUCCAGGCUGCAUGGCAAGUUCUGCGGCUCGGAGAAGCCCGAGGUCAUCACCUCCCAGAGCAACAACAUGCGCGUGGAGUUCAAGUCCGACAACACUGUGUCCAAACACGGCUUCAGGGCUCACUUCUUCUCAGACAGGGACGAGUGUGCCAAAGACAACGGCGGCUGCCAGCACGAGUGCGUCAACACGUUCGGCAGCUACCUGUGCCGGUGCAGGAAUGGCUACCGGCUGCACGACAACGGGCUCGACUGCAAAGAAGCUGGCUGCGAGCACAAGAUCGGCAGUGCCGAGGGGACGCUGGCGAGCCCCAACUGGCCGGACAAAUACCCCAGCCGGAAGGAGUGCGCCUGGAACAUCUCUUCGACGGCAGGCCACCGAGUGAAACUCACGUUUCACGACUUUGAGAUAGAGCAGCACCAGGAAUGUGCCUACGACCACCUGGAAAUCUAUGAUGGCCCCGACAGCCUGGCCCCCAUCCUCGGCCGUUUCUGUGGAAGCAAGAAACCCGCCCCCGUGGUGGCUUCAAGUAACAGCCUCCUCCUCAGGUUUCACUCCGACGCCUCCGUGCAGAGAAAAGGCUUCCAGGCAGCGCACAGCACAGAGUGCGGGGGCAGGCUGAAGGCUGAGGUGCAGACCAAGGAGCUCUACUCCCACGCCCAGUUUGGAGACAGCAACUACCCGAGCCAGGCCCGCUGUGACUGGGUCAUCGUGGCGGAGGACGGCUAUGGCGUGGAGUUCGUCUUCCAGACCUUCGACGUGGAGGAGGAGGCCGACUGCGGAUACGACUACAUGGAAGCCUACGACGGCUACGACAGCACCGCGCCCAGGCUCGGCCGCUUCUGUGGCUCCUGGCCACUGGAAGAAAUCUACUCCGCAGGGGAUUCCCUGAUGAUUCGAUUCCACACGGACGACACCAUCAACAAGAAAGGCUUCCAUGCUCGAUACACCAGCACCAAGUUCCAGGAUGCCCUGCACAUGAGGAAAUGACGGUGACGUUCCCGAAAGACCCACGGCUGAGAAUGUUUCUUUCUCAAAGCACCUUGUGAAUCCGCUCUACCACAAUGUACAGCGUUUGUGUGUUUGUGUGUGUGUUUGCUUGGCAAACUCAAAGAAACCAGUCUUAAAGGUAGCUACUUGGGUGAGCAUCCAUAAGGACACCCGGCCAACCACGAAGACAGAAACGUUCCCUUUAUCCUUGCUGCUGCGGUGGGGAGCAUGGGCCUUUAGGGGGAUUAAGUUUGAAGUCACUUGAACCCUCAAGCUCUGCCCACGCUUAGCCAGGCUCCUUGCCCCUUACUCCUGUGAUGGAGAAGGUGGGCACUCUACUCGGUCAUUCCUCUAUUUCUGGAAACAGUUCUGUCAGUGCCAGGUGGUGUGGCUGUGUCUCGGAGACCCACGUACUCUGCGCUCCACACUGGGCAACGAGGAUCAAAGCUUGCGUGUGGAGGAGUUGUUUCUCACAGUGAGGGUGUCCCCCUUCGUUCUCUGCCAGGAACGUGGACACGUGGGGUGGACGCGAGCCCUACGAACAGCACUGGGGUAAGGGGCCCAGAGGGCGCUCCAAGUACCAACAGAUCAUGGCCGGGAAGUCAGAAGACCUUGAGCAUCCGCUGUGCCGUGGGCUCUCCUUUGCUCGUGUGGGGCUUCGGCACCUGACGGGCAAAGAACGGCUCAGGUUCAACUGCUAAUGGAAAGCUUGGCGGUUUGAACCCACCCGGUGACUCCACAGAAGGAGGACGGGGCAGUCUGCUCCCAUGAAGAUUCUAACCUCACGGGCAGUUCGUUCUACUUGGUCACACCAAGGGUCUCGAUGAAUGGACAGUCAUCACGCUGGCACCAGCCAAUAGCAGUUGCCUCGGGCACUUGUAAAGACACCCACCCUGAUUUCCAGCGGGGCUAUUGCUGCUGCCAAGGGCCCUGAGUUUGCUUGGAGGAAAACAUUUUAGCUUCUCUUCGUUGGCCCGUAGAAGAGGUCACCACCUCUGCGGGGGAUCCCAGGGGCGUGCAACCUUUCUUCCUUCAGCUCAGGCGGCACUUUCUUGGCCAACCUUGACUCCUUGACAGCCAGCCACACAAACGGCAUUUGCAAGAUGUACAGAGACGAGCAAGCAUGGCGAGCCAGCUCAGGCCCCUCAACAGGAUGAACUGUGGAAAACUGGUUACUCAUAAGUCACGCGAGACUCAAGACUGUGUGCAACGUGCUUCCUGUAGUCCAGCCACAGGUUAAAGGGUGCGCUUGCAACGCCGCUGCCACGAGCUGGUCUUUGAUGGAAACUGA